AAUAGUUUCCAAUGUGACCAUAUACCGGUGGUGGAAUAAUUACGUUUCCGGGUUCAAACUAAACUUAAGGGUCUGACUCUCCCUCAUGCUUUUUUAUGGCAAAUGUGAUAUCCAGUCUUCAUUAGCCCAAUCGGUGCGGGAAACUAGGACGUGAAACCCUAAUUCAUUAUGCUAUUUUGGUGUUUAGCGCGUUCGUUAGCGUUAGAUUAUAAGGUUGGUCAUUGAGUCAUGCGACGUGAUUUCGUGGGUCCAACCUCGUGGGUUUUCUCCUGGUCCUCCGGUUUCCUCCGACAGCUAAAGACCCCUAAGCGAGUUAUUAAAAUAAAUUGAACGACAUGUUAGUCCCGAAGCGACCUAGUUUGUUUCGAGUGGGUGUUAAACUCCAUUUCUCACUCCCCCUCUCUCGCUAUUGUUGUGGUUAUCGACCAGAUGAUAGAAAAACAAUAUCAUCUUAUUUUGUCAAGUUUUUUCGAACCUUUAAAGAUUCCAUUCCUGGCAUAGUUAUAAAGUCUAAUCAUUUUAUUUUCUGUUGUAUUUUUCAGCAAUAGAUACGCAGGGUGCUGAUUUCUUUGUGGCAUUUUUCCCCAAUCCUGUUGGCAAUGCACCGUAUGAUGCCUACCACAAUGCUUUGUUCAUAUCGUCCUUCAGGAAAGGUUCCUGUAAUGUCAGUUACGACAUUGGCAUCAGGCACGAAGACUUUGUAGCUUUUAAUGCCGGCAGUUUUACCAGAGUCCCGAUUCCGGAAUCAGCCAUGACAACUAUUGGCGGGAAAAUUGAGCAGAAGGGUGUUCAUGUGUUUUGUUCCACCAAUGUAUCUCUUCAUGUUUUCAGUUAUUAUGGUACUGUUGGAGCGUUUACUGCCAUUCCAUUGGAAUCUCUGGGAAAUGAGUACAUUUUUUCCGGAAUUGAUAGCAAUCCUUACAUGGGUAUUGUCGGAACGAGCGAUGGAACGAAUGUUACCGUUAAGUUCCGAAGUACUUGUGACUACGCAUUCCAUCAACAUUUAUAUAAGGAUGGGGAUACUAUAACCUUUAUUUUGAAUAAAAAUGAGGUGUUUCAGUUGUCUGUAAAUACAAUGGACUAUCGCCACUAUAGGUGUGACAUGGUGGGCUCCCAUAUAAAGAGCACUGCUGCAGUGGCUGUAUUCUCUGGUUCAAUUUAUCACCAGGAUGCAAGCUCCCAUUUAGUCUUGCAAGUGCCCCCGCCAAGUGCCUUUACUAAUUUGGUCAUCCUGCCUAGAUUAGUAUCAAGUGCAGCGUGGAAAACGAAUGUGCGAAUAAUCGCUGCAUUUUCUAACACCACACUUAAAACGCCAAAAGGGGUCAUCAUUCUAAAUAGUGGCGAAUUUAAAGACUUGACUUUCAAAGCGGAACAAGAUGCGGUCAUUCAAAGUGACAAAAAGGUCUUGGUCAUUCACAACUGUCUUUUUGUGCCUGAUGGUGGAUUCACAAGCAUUGUACCUGGCGUGGAUUUAUAUCGAAAAAAUUAUAUGAUUAAAACUCUGGAUAAAUCGACAAGCUCUGAUAGCCCCCAACAACUAGUUGUAACCAUCGUAUCGCAUACGGAGAGUGUCCACGAAGUUGAAAUAAACGGAGCUGCUCCGUCAGAGAUCACGUGGAAACACAUGACGUCGGUGCCUUACUCUGUAGGCGUGGUUGAAUUGCCAACUAGACUAGUAUACCGUGUCAACAGUACGGAUCCUAUCUUAGUCAGGGUACAUGUUUAUAAUGCUCGACAAACUCAUGGAUAUGUGGCUGGAUAUAAGAGCACCCCGGUAACACACAAAGUUUCCGAGAUUUUGAAACUGCAGUGUCUAUCACAGGGGUACCUUAUAACGCUAGAUCUGUCGGCAUUAGAUAUAGAUGUUCAGGAUAGUUCUCAUAUCUUCAUGACUCUAGACACGUGUACAGGUAUCUUACAAGGAACCGUCCUCACCUUCAACAUACCUUAUGAAACUUGUGGAACCAAAGUCCAGGAAUAUUGCCAUGUUACAAAUACGCCAUAUUAAAAACAUCAGGAUGGUUACACGAGCAUGCCAACUUCGGAUUUCGAUCCCCACCCGAAC